UCAGAGUUACUGCAGGGAAAGAUACACAGACCUGGUGACCAUUGGGAACAUGGAGGAUGUGAAUAUUCUGAGAGGCAUGGCAAAUCUCACCCGAUUGGUCUACUCAACAGGCAGCUCUGUGUUCUGGAUUGGACUGUACGACGACGUGAACAGCUGGAGGUGGUCCAUGUCAGACCCAAACUUCUACCAACAUGAGGAGAACCAGUUCAGGAACUGGGAAGCUGGAGAACCAAACAAUGAAUUUGGGAUUGAGUUCUGUGGACGAAUAAGUUUGAACGGAUUGUGGAAUGAUGUGCCCUGCUCUGGCAAAUUAAAUGCGGUUUGCUUUAAUGUCAGCGGGACGACUCCCUGGUUUUAUAACACCAGCAGUAGCAUGAGCUGGACUCAAGCUCAGAGCUACUGCAGAGAACAUCACACAGAUCUGGCCAGUGUGAGACACAUGUCUGACAACCAGGUGAUAAAGAAUUUGAUCACAAAACCAGUCUGGAUCGGUCUGUACCGAGACUCCUGGAAGUGGGUGGAUGGAAGGAACUCAUCAUACAGGUACUGGAACACUGGGGAACCCAAUAAUAACAACGGGAAAGGGGAAUGUGCUGCUGCAAACUUUGGACAGGCUGGAAAAUGGGAGGACUGGAGCUGUGGAUGGAAGAAAGCCUUCAUUUGCUAUGCUGCUCCUCGAUCACACCAAGUUAUAAAACUGAAGCUGGAGUUCUCCUCCUCUCUGGCUCGGGAUAAUUCUACUGCGUUGAAAGACCUGCUGAAGAAACUGAAACAGAAGCUGAAGGACGACGGAGUGAAAGGAGACAUCAAACUGAGCUGGAGGAAGCACUUAGAUGGAGAGGUCUUCCAGAAGCAAAGGAAGAAAGAUGAGCUUUAAAUGUGAUUUUUUUUAUUUCAAUCUUUUUUGUUUAAGAAGGUGUUUUAUCAUUUAUUCUCUUAUUUUUGGUCUGUGAAUAGAAGACGGGGCUUCAGUGCUGCUGGGGCAUGGGUUAUUAGAAAAUAAAUAAGACCAGCGUUAUAUUAGCUUUGCAUUUAAAACAGACUAUGUUUAAUGAGAUGAAAGAAGACAUCUAACUGAGCUGGAGGACCAGUCAGAUGGAAUGAUCUAGAAGAAAAGAAGCUGGAAACAUGAAGAUCUUCCUAAGGAUUUCUCCUUUCUGCCAUUUCAGAUGCUGCUUUCAUAUUUUCUUGAUAUAUACUGACUAAUUUGUUUAAUAUGGAGAUAAAAUUGAAAUUGUUAGGAUUUUAACAAUGAACUGUGAUAAUUUAACUGAA